GUUGUAUGUGAGCAGGAUAGUGCCUCCACCACUGUUCAGUAGAUCCAGAAACACAUAAAGGACAACCUUGGCAAACACAGGGUAGUACAACAUGGCUGGUGUGGAAUACACAAUUGGAGGAGUGAAGAUCCACUUUCCCUGCAAGGCUUAUCCUUCCCAGUUAGCCAUGAUGAACGCAAUUAUACGAGGGUUGAAUUCUGAGUGCCACUGUUUGCUAGAGAGUCCUACAGGAAGUGGAAAGAGCUUGGCCUUGCUGUGCUCUGCUUUGGGCUGGCAGCAAGCUCAGUGUGCUAAACUUAAAGAAGCAGGAAACACCGGACCGGACAUGAACCAUUCAGACGAAAAGUCUGGAGAUGACAUCACCCCUUGUCAGUCAAGGUCACAGCUGCAGCAUCAGCUAAAACCUCCUGUGUCAUCUUGUAUGGAUGCAAAUCAGCAGCUAGGUUCAGCAGCUGAAAGUAUGUCACAACAAGAAGAGCCACAGACUAAAAUACUGUCUCCAGCCUCUCGUCUAACAGAGAAGUUCCGGUCGUCCCCCACAUCUGACUGUGAGAAAGAUAACGACUUCUUGCCAGAAAGGAAACGCAUGCGCACUCCUGAUCAUAAGAGCCGGAAAAGGCAGCGCGUGGAACGGGGAGUGAUAUUCAUAGAUGAUGAUCCAGAGCUGGACAGUAAAUCAUCAGAUUCCCAGAACCAGAGCACACAGGCAACCAGCCCUGCAGCUGUUUUGUCCCCGUCAUGCAAUAUUCCAGAAACCUGCCCCAAUUGGCUAUGCGAUUCAGACAAUGUGAAGGUCAAGGGCAAAGAUGGCACAAAAGGGAUUCCUAAAAUUUUCUUUGGGACGCGCACACACAAGCAAAUAACUCAGAUUGCCCACGAGCUGCAACGCACCGCUUACUCCAGCGUGCCAAUGACAAUCUUAUCCAGCAGAGAUCACACAUGUGUCAAUCCAAUGGUGGCACCUCAUUCCAGCCGCAAUGAACGCUGCAAGGACCUGCUUGAGGCCAAGGAUGGAAGAUCAUGCCGCUACUAUCAUGGUGUCCACAAGAUGCGGGAUCAGUAUGUUCUGCAGUCUGUCCAUGGACUUUCCAACGCCUGGGACAUUGAGGAUCUUGUUGCGCUGGGCAAACGGCUCCGCUCGUGCUCUUACUAUGCUGCCCGUGAACUUAAACAAAAUGCCUCCAUCAUCUUCUGCCCAUAUAACUAUCUGCUGGAUCCACUGAUCAGGGAGAGUAUGGAGAUCAAUCUGUCAGGUCAAAUUUUAGUGCUGGAUGAAGCCCACAACAUUGAGGACUGUGCACGGGAGAGUGCCAGCUUUACUCUGGACCACAAGAGUCUUCUGAUGUGCAGAGAUGAGCUGGAGGGCAUGGUGACCAAUGACAUCAGAGCUACUCUACAUGAACCACUCAGAAACUUCUGUUAUAGCCUAAUCAACUGGGUCCAGAAGAGUCGAAGCCUGAUGUCUGAUGGGGGGUAUGAGGUCGCCAGUAAAGUGUGGAGUGGAAAGGAUGUACUGAACAUUUUUCACACGUUGGGCAUUACUGCUGAUACCUUCAGUAUUCUGAAGCAAAAGUUGAAAGCGGUGCUAGAAAAGGAGGAGUGUGUUCGUUUGGUCAGUGGUAAAGAGGAAAUGAUGCCGAUCGCAACCAUCAGCUCAGCAGCGUCCACUGUCCUCAAAAGCCUCUUUAUGAUCUUGGACUUCCUCUACAGGGAGGAAUGCAGAUUUGCUGAAGAUUACCGUGUAGCUCUUCAGAAGAGCUAUGCUUGGAUGAAUCAGAACCCACCUGAUGUUCCUGAUGCCCAGGGCUUCAUUGCUCGGCCCGGCAGACAACGGCAUAGUGUCAGAGUAAAGGCUGAAGUUUUGACCCUUAGCUUCUGGUGCCUCAAUCCUGCUGUGGCUUUCUCUGACCUGAAAGGCAUUCGAAGCAUUCUGCUGACAUCAGGAACCCUGUCACCCAUGGGCUCCUUUGCCUCUGAACUUGGAGUAAAAUUCCCCAUCCAGCUGGAGGCCAACCAUGUCAUCAACAAGUCCCAGGUUUGGGUUGGCACUGUUGGUACAGGACCCCUAGGCAGGAAACUGUGUGCCACCUAUCAACAUACUGAGACCUAUGCCUUUCAAGAUGAAGUGGGAGCGCUGCUACACCAUGUAUGCCAAAUUGUUGCCAAGGGCGUCCUCUGCUUUCUGCCUUCGUACAAGAUGUUGGACAAGCUGCGGGAUCGAUGGACCAAUACUGGUCUGUGGAAGAAAUUAGAGCUAAAAAAAGCAGUAAUCACAGAGCCACGUGGUGGUGCGAAGGGGGACUUUGAUGACGUCCUACAAACCUAUUACGAUGCAGUUAAAUAUUGCAAUGAAAGAGAUGGUGCACUGCUGAUCGCUGUGUGUAGGGGUAAAGUGAGCGAAGGCCUGGACUUCACAGAUGACAAUGCCCGGGCUGUAGUCACCAUCGGAAUUCCUUUCCCAAACAUCAGAGAUCUUCAGGUGGAACUGAAGAUAAAGUACAAUGACCAGCACUGCAAGACCAGAGGUCUCCUCCCAGGCCAUCGCUGGUAUGAGAUUCAGGCCUAUAGAGCCCUGAACCAAGCCCUAGGGAGGUGCAUUCGACAUAAAAAUGACUGGGGUGCGCUGAUUCUGGUGGAUGACCGCUACAGGACAAACCCCAAUAAGUACAUCACAGGUUUGUCUAAAUGGGUUCGUCACCUUGUUCAACAUCAUGACACCUUCAGUAAUGCCAUGCAGUCACUGGCAGCAUUCUACCAGGUGCAGCAGAAUGCACAGGCAGCUCCCGUGGCCAGUCAGACGACUGGCUCCGCUGCCUCAGCUCCUCACUGUGACUUGGACGUACAGAGUCAGACACAACAGCAGCAGGACAGCCCCUUCACUGAUUGUUGUCAUGUACAGUCAGAACCUGAACCAAACAAAAAAGCAGAACCUUUGCAGAAGAUGCAAACACUGCCAGCACAGCCACACUCAUCCCAGAAAAGACCAUCACCGCCUCUGUACCCCAUUUUCUGCUCCAGUCCUGUCAGCACCAGCUUCAAGAGGCCAAUAUUUAAAGAAAAAGCUCUCUGUAACUCAAAGUACUUGAACCAGCAUUCGGAAACAACCAGUUAUCAAUCUGAGCUCAAAGUGCAGCAGCAGAUGUUGGUCACACAGGAAGAGACUGAGACACAUGUUGUUAAACAUGGUAAAAUCAUCAGUGAAAACCAAACAGAACCACACAAGGUGACGGCGGAGUCUUCUACACCAACAACCACUCCAGGCCAUGAAGGUGAAUCACCUGCAGCAGAUGAUGAAAAUGAAACAGAGGACCAGUCUGUCUUCUUUACUCCAGAACUUUUUGAGAGUAAAGGAGAUGAAAGCAGUCCGCUGACAGAGACAGAAGGCUUGGUUUUAGGGUCAGGCGGUUCUACUUUGCCAUUAGAAGAUGUGUUUUGCUUUGAGCAGGGCCAUAGACAGCAGGAAGCAGACAGAGGAAGCAGACAGAGUGCUAUCUCGGCCAGUGAAGUCAGAAUGAAGCUGUCAUUGGGACAGGCAGAUGAAAUGAUAGAAAGGGAGGAAGGUCAGGAGACAGUGCCAGUGCUAAAUCUAAUCAGGAGAACAGGUAGCAGGCUCUGCAGGCUGUCCAGGUCCAGGCAGAGAUCUUCCUCCACUCCAACAGGUAACUAAGAAUUUGGACACACAAAAUAUUAUGAACAAAGCCAUGUGAAGCAACUGAUAAAAGCAGGAUCAUGGUUUUAAUUGUUUCCUAUCAGAGAUUAUUACUAUUAUCUUUAGAAGCACACACAAUUGGACACAAUUGAUCUAGAAGAAGGAGCCACAUACUGUUAUGUUGCAGCUGCCUUAGGCAACUCGUCCGCACUGUUAAUGAUGACGAGGCUUUAGCUUUUUGUCUAAGAGACACAAAAUCAUAUUUAGGCCAAUAACAGAUUUACCAUUCUUGAGACAGCAAUUUACCAAAUUGUUAAAAUUGAAAGCAAAGCAUUUCAUUGGUUUCAACAUGUCAUGUUCUGUUUUAAUGACGUGUUUGUAGUUUAUGGGCGAGAACUCGAUGGAGGCUUUACAUGCCUGAUCUAACAGUAGGUUUUCAUUUCAAUUCAAGUUUUUAAUGUGUGCCUUAUAGUAGCAAAUGUUACAAUAAAAAUAAAUGUUAAUGAUUCAUGUUUUUUGUUAUGUUCAUUUAAUUCAUCAUUUUAAGUAAACAAAUCAUUCACCUGAUUAAACGUAGUGACAACUAUUCCUGCAUUUGAAAUCUUACUCUGUAUCGUCAGUCUUACCAAGAGUAACUCACUCCUUAUGAAAGGUUAUUCCUUCACCAUCUACAUGUUUAAUAAUUUAGAUGUUUUAUUAAAUUGGCAUGUCUGAGACUUAACAGUAAAUUUAUUAUGUCAAAUUGCAAUACAUGCACAGUAUGUGCAAACUCUGCUGUCACUGCAACACAUUAUCUCUUAAAUAUCUCUACUCAAACAUUUACAUGAAUAUUAAAAUACAUAAAUCGA